CACCGGGACAAAGUGACUCCUCCUCGAGCAGCAAUGAGCGGCCGUCUCCUCCGACUGGCUCUCCUCCUCCUCGUGGCUCGCGCGCUCUCCGUGCGCUGCACUGCCGCGCCCGCGACCACCGAGGCGGAGGCGCACGCGGCGCCGCAGAACACCUGCGCGUCGUGCGGCUUCGCGCAGCCGGAGGACGCGGAGGCCGGCCGGCUGCGCGUGGACUUCCUGGAGGCGGUGAAGAGGCACAUCCUCAGCCGGCUGCAGAUGCGCGAGCGGCCCAACAUCACGCACCCGGUGUCGCGCGCGGCCAUGGUGACGGCGCUGCGCAAGCUGCACGCCGGGAAGCUGCGCGCGGAUGGCCGGCUGGAGAUCCCCGACCUGGACGGGCACCCCAUGAGCAACGAGGUGCUGGAGGAGAGCUCCGAGAUCAUCAGCUUCGCCGAGAAAGACGACUUGGUGACGUCGGGGUCCAGCCUGUUCUUCCUGAUGUCCAGCGAGGGGAACCUGUCCGUGAGGCGCGCCGCCCUCUGGCUGUACUUCAAGCUGCCGCCGGCGGCGGCGCUGCAGGUGCGUCCGCGGCGGCAGGUGACGGUGAAGGUGUACUACCAGGAGCCGGGCCUCGGCAGCCGCUGGAACCUGGUGGAGAAGCGGCUGGAGCUGCGGCGCAGCGGCUGGCACACCUUCGGCCUGACGGACGGCGUGCGGCUCGUGUUCCAGAAGGGCGAGCGGCGCCAGAACCUGGACGUGCGCUGCGAGGGCUGCGAGGCCGAGGGCGUGGCGCCCGUCCUGCUGGACGGCGGCGACGAGUCCCACCGGCCGUUCCUCGUGGUGCACGCGCGGCUCGCCGGCGGCCAGCACCGCAUCCGCAAGCGGGGGCUGGAGUGCGACGGCAGCGGCGGCCUCUGCUGCCGCCGCCAGUUCUACAUCGACUUCCGGCUCAUCGGCUGGAGCGACUGGAUCAUCGCCCCCUCGGGGUACUUUGGGAACUACUGCGAGGGGAACUGCCCGGCCUACAUGGCGGGCGUCCCCGGCUCCGCCUCCUCCUUCCACACGGCGGUGGUGAACCAGUACCGCAUGCGGGGCAUGAGCCCUGGCUCCAUGAACUCCUGCUGCAUCCCCACCAAGCUCAGCACCAUGUCCAUGCUCUACUUCGACGACGAGUACAACAUCGUGAAGCGCGACGUGCCCAACAUGAUCGUGGAGGAGUGCGGCUGCGCCUGAGACCGGAUAUUUAUGGACUCACACAAGACCACUUGUACAUAUAUUUAUAUUCUCUGGUGAAGAUUUCUCUUCCAAACCGCCAAGUGUUGGACAAUCCGUCUCUGGAGGUCUUCCUGUCUGUGAGGCAGCGAGGAUCCGUGGACCUUCACGAAGCGCCUCUCAGAACUUAAACCCUCCAGAGGAUCCAGACCCGAAGAGGAUCCGACGAGACCUUCACCACCGUACAGCACUUCAGACCCGGAGCCGCAUCCACGCACCACGUCUGAGAGACUUAGCUCCAUCCGGACCGUACCGGGGAGGAAGGAGUGUCCAGAGAGGGGAAGGGAGACCUGUGGACUUCCUGUCUGAAGUCUAACAUCAACCAGGAGGGAAGGUGGUCUCCAGUUCUCUUGAUAGUCUCAGACUGAAUGCAGUCUGGUUGGAGGGUCAAAGGUCAAGGCAGGUCUCUACCAGAAGGACGGGUGAAUCUGAAGGUCUAAUGACACAAACAGCUCCGAUCCCCCACGGGCCUUUGUCCGCCUUCCUCUCGUGGUCCAGGUCCAACAGGUGGGAGGAGCCUCAGGUUCCUCCCUGAGGGUUCAGAUUUGGAUUCUUUCCAGUCGAUCCAAUCGAGUGGAGAGUCUCCACCUCGCUCCGCGUCGGCGACCCUUUGAUAGCACUUGCAGAUUGAAAUGCCUUUUUACCGGAGCCGUCCUUCUCAAAGGGACCAGUGAGCUAUGCAAUGUACAGUAUUUACCCGUCAACCAGGCGCUCAGCGAUACUUGAAGUGCUGAGCGUGGCCAGUAGGGGGCGGUGGUCUUCAUCGAGGUCCACCGACAAACAGAAAUCCGUCUCCUUAAGUUUUUACUAAAUGGUUUUCGCCAACAAAAAGUGGCUCAAAUGUCAUGUUUGAUGUUUCUUUGCUUUUCAGGCGUUACAUUACUUCUCAAUGUCUCUUAAAACAAAGACUCCUUGUACAUCGAUAUCAAUGCGUUGGUGAAUCAUUGGUUCCCAACACCGGGAAUAUGUCUCCAGCCACCAGAAUUCUUUGAAUUCAUUGAAUGGUUGUAGAUGUUCAAAUAGAGCCCCUGGAGGAGGAGGAGGAGCAGGAGCAGGAGGAGUCGACCCAGAAGGAGUCUGGGAGCCUUUGUUGAGGAGGUCUCUCUGUCACUUUGGGCGGCCAUGUUUGUUACACAUCGUUAUUGCUGCAGAGGACAAAAUGUUUUGGCACCAAAUUACAGGUCCGCCCCCUUUUGCUCUCGAUUGUCGAUUUAAAGCGUGCAACACAAAAGGAGGCGGGCGGUGACCCAGUUGGGGUUCUGGUCUAAAGGGAGCCUCCCCAGGGGUUCUGGUGUAAAGGGAGCCUCCCAGUUGGGGUUCUGGUCUAAAGGGAGCCUCCCAGUUGGGGUUCUGGUCUAAAGGGAGCCUCCCAGUUGGGGUUCUGGUCUAAAGGGAGUCUCCCAGUUGGGGUUCUGGUCUAAAGGGAGCCUCCCAGUUGGGGUUCUGGUCUAAAGGGAGUCUCCCAGUUGGGGUUCUGGUCUAAAGGGAGCCUCCCAGUUGGGGUUCUGGUCUAAAGGGAGCCUCCCAGGGGGUUCUGGUCUAAAGGGAGCCUCCCAGGGGUUCUGGUCUAAAGGGAGCCUCCCAGGAGGGGUUCUGGUCUAAAGGGAGCCUCCCAGGGGUUCUGGUCUAAAGGGAGCCUCCCAGUUGGGGUUCUGGUCUAAAGGGAGCCUCCCAGUUGGGGUUCUGGUCUAAAGGGAGCCUCCCAGGGGUUCUGGUCUAAAGGGAGCCUCCCAGUUGGGGUUCUGGUCUAAAGGGAGC